AUGGCGCCGAAUGAUUCAGUCUUUAGUCUAGUUACGGCCGACCCGGGCCUGCCGCGAGCCAAUCCCACCCAGUCCUACUGGCAGCACAUUCCACAUGCUCUUGCCGAUGUCCAAUCCUCAAAAUUACCGACUGACCGAGAUUUUGCGAUCAUUGGUUCCGGCAUCACCGGUCUAUCGGUAGCUAAGUCUCUCUUGGAACGCCACCCUACUGCCACAGUAACCGUUUUGGAAGCUCGUACGCUCUGUUCAGGUGCGACUGGGCGCAAUGGUGGACAGAUGGCUGCGAAUGCCGGAGAGCAGUAUAUGCACCUUGCAGAGACUCAUGGGGUCGAAAUGGCGGGCAAGAUUGUGGAUUUCACAUUCCGCAAUUUGGAGAGGAUGCAGGAAUUGGUUGAAGAGUAUGAUGCCGUGGAGUUGACUGAGAUGCAACGUCUACAGAAGCUGCGAGUCUUUUUGACCCAGGGGAAGUUUGACGACUUCAAGAAAAGCAUCGCGCGCCUGGAAACGGAUCAUCCUUCUAGGAAGGGACUGUAUACAAUUUUGGAUGCAGAUGCUGUGCUCAGGGAGUAUGGAAUCCAUGGGGCAUCUGGAGGAGCACUGCUCCCUGCUGGAACAGUUUGGCCAUAUCGUCUUGUCACCACAGUAUUCGCGGCACUCUUAAAAAAAUACCCAGGUCGCCUGACAAUCGAGACAAAUACACCGGUUGAAUCCGUUCGGCACAUUUCAACGCCUGCCUCGCCUAUCACGAGUGCUUAUCCGUAUACACUUCGCACUUCUCGCGGUCCACUCCGAGCACGGACUGUAGUUCAUUGCACCAAUGGCUACAGCGGGCAUCUCCUUCCUCGCCUAAGAGGACUUGUCCAUCCUUUCAAAGGCACAAUGACAGUUCAAGAUCCGCAUAAUGCUGUGUCGAAUCAGGGAACAACUGUCUCAUGGGGUUUCCACUAUCCUCCAUCCUAUGAUCCCGAAACCAAACGCCAUGGGUAUGGACUGUACUACCUAGGGCAGAGUGCAAAAACCGGCUAUUUCUACUUCGGCGGCGAAAAUACUCGUCUUGAGGAGUCAGUAUCCUCAGAUGACAGCUUCGUGGCCGACCACUCCGUUGAACACUUGGAGAUCGUCCUCCCACGAUUCUUUGGCAAGCACGACAGAUCCGAUUGGCGCUUGGUCAGUUCGUGGAGUGGAAUUAUGGGUUAUUCCUCUGACGGUCUGCCAAUGGUCGGACGGUUAUCACCGACGCUGACAGACCGGGAAGGUGACGGCGAAUGGAUUGCUGCUGCAUUCAAUGGAUAUGGCAUGGCGAACAGCCUGAUGAGUGGCGAGGCGUUGGCUUUGAUGAUUUUGGGUGAGGAUGUUAGUGAUUGGUUCCCAGUUGCAUACGGACUGGGCGAAAAGAGACUCCAAGAGACGCUCAUAGUCCCAGGAGCCGUCAAUGCACUACGCUCGAAGCUAUGA